GCGUUUGUUUUUAAUUUUUUAUUGAAUCGUUUUUUCGUAUAUCCCAAUGGGUGAUGAUCAGAAAAAGAAUGCACGUAAACACGUCAAACAGAUUUUCCAAGACUUUCUAGAAGAAAACGAUUGCGAAGCUCUAAAGCCGAACUGCGCUAACAACAGCUGCUGCGGACAAGGCCUUCAGGAGUUCGAUGCCCAAACGCACGAAGCCUGGCUAUUGCAAUGCCCUAAGAGCUUGGAUCCCAGUGCGUUGGAGGGCAGGCGCAUCAAGAUGCCCGGACGUCGCUUUGUGGGUGGACUUCAAGUGCGGUGCAUCGAAUAUUCAACACCCUUCUCCGAAUCCAUUGGUUAUACGAAUGUGAAGGGCAAAAAUAGGGUGCGCAAAUUUCCCCUUAGUGGCGUUGUGGUGCUCAGCAAGCGUCUAAACGUAGCGCAGCCUGGCGCCAACGAGGAGGCCAACUCUUUCCCAACAACUACUACUCCCCCGAGCUUCGUGAUGCCUGUGCGCCACCCGUUCUUCGGCCGUGAUUACAAGAAGCGCAUUAAGGUGACCAAAGCCAUUUCCCGACACCUGAUUGAGGCGAAUAAGAAGAGUCUUGAGACAUCAGCAUUGCUGCGAGAUAAGGCAAACUAUUAUAAGAUCCGCAAGCAGCUUCAGGGAACAACACAGACUCUGGAGGAGAAAGAGCAAGAUGUGCGUCAAUCGGUGUUGACUGGCGUGACACCAGACUUUAUGAACAAGGGCCAUGGUGCCUCUUACAACCUCGGGGACCUCACCAGCGGCGACAAAAAAGUACGGACCAAAAAGAAGCAUAACACACAAAAAGAAAAGAUCUCACAAGAUCAGCUAUUGUCAGCGGAGAAGCCGAAAAAGCGCACAGCCAAUGGAAAAGUCAAAACGAAUGGCGACGUGAAACAUGACCAGCAGGACGGCGCCGAUGAAGCGCCACAAAAGAAACGAAAGAAGCUGAAAACCAAUGGAGAAGUCUAAACGAAGAACUAGGAGAAAGAUGUGAUGUGAGGAUAUUCAACUCACGAAAUAAACUAAGAAAACAAA